GGGCCACAGCCUCCAGUGAACCAAAGAGGAAGGAAAGAUUUUUGAUCCAGUCCGGCUCACGGUGGCGUCGUCAGAUGGAGAGCUGGUGUCUGUGGUGUGGGGCCCGGGUGGGGUACCCGCACCCUCCCAGCUGGCUCCCAGCUCUGUGGUUCCUCCGUUUGCUGCUGGUGCCCUGGACUUGGCAGUUAGCAGGAGGGAUAUCAGUGACCCACAUCGGCCUCCCUAUCAUGGUCUCUCUGGCCAACUCGGCUGUCUCCUUUAGCUGCAGAAUCAACCAUCAGGACAUGCCAGAAUUCAAGGACUUCACUGUUAACUUCUUUCAUGAAGAUCUCCAUGGCAAGAGAAGCUUGGAGAAGCCAAUUUACUGCCAACACAGUCCUGGCACAGAGAACCACACCCUGGAUUGUGUGGUUAAACUCAGCCUGCCAAAUGCGUUGGCCACGGGCACUUACUAUUGCUUAGUCCGAGGGCCAGUCUUGGUGCAAGGCAGUGGCACCUUCAUUCUGGUCAGAGACACAGCAUACCAGCCACCUUCGUUCAAGCUCCAGGAGGGCCUACUGUUUGGCUUUACCAGCCUGCUGUGUAUCCUGAGUGUGCUGGGCACAGCUCUCCUGCUUUGGAAGAAGAAACAGAUGUCAGUUCUGGGCAAGCACAUCACCAGGACAUGCCUUGGUUCCAAAUCCACCAGCAGAGCCACCAAGCCUCCAGCAGAACCCGUCUACACAGACCUGCAGCGUCGAGAGACAGAGAUCUAUGACUGCAUCGAGGCAGAGACUGGCAGCUCUAUCUCUAGCCAAAGUCCUUCCUCCAAGGACAAACUAAAUAGGUUUGAGGAAGACAAUGAAUUUAACCUCGUCUAUGAAAAUCUCUAGGAAAAGUUUUUUAUAGGCUCCAAGCCUUGUCUUGGAUUAGGACCCCAGAGCCACUUCUGUUGUCCGAGGACCUGAUCUGGGCCGGGAGUAGGGCCUGCUGGACACGUCAUCACCUCACCUGCACAUUGCUCUUCCUGCCUUGGCCUGGUCUGCUCUCCUGAUCUGCAUGCCAGCCUAUAGUUCACAUCUCUGGGCUUUUGCUCAGUCUGUUCCCUCCAAGAGCGCCAUUCUUCCCCUGGCCCUGUGGACAAAGUGCUCCUCAGUCCCACCGGGCUCUCGUGGACACCAGCUCUUUACCUCUCCACCUCUAACUGCCAUGCUCUGCAGAGCUGCGUACCUGGCUCCCUUGGCCCCAGCCUGCAUCUUGGUUCACAGGCAGACCUGCCCCUAGGAGAACACGGUGGGACCCCUGCCAGGCCUGUGUCUGGCAGCUGAACCAUGCUACCUGCUCAGCCAGCCUUCUCUGGGCCCAGUGGAUGGCCAGCAAGCCUGGUUCUGCCUAGGCCCUAACUCUGCGAACAAGCAAAGCUCCUCAUGGACUGCUAGGCUGAAUGAAGGUCUGUGCUCCUCAAGGCUGGCUUAAUUGAUUCCCGGUCUGUGAAGAAGGGAAACUGCCUGGCACCGAGUGGCCUCCAGGCUCCUGAUUCCUGCAGGCGAAGGCCAGCGCUGGGGUGGGAACUUCAGCCAGCAAACACUUGGCUGCUGUGCUCCCCACUUCUGAAGCUCUACGGCCAGUCUCUGGACUCUCUGACUGGGACGCAGGUGUUUUCAGCCCUUUCAGGAGAGUGAAGAAGCCUGGUUGACUUCUUGGGGUGCCCUGGCUCAGGGCUCAGCAGCCAGGUCUUCCAGCAGUCUUCACUGUCCCUUACCUAUAAAGCAGCUAAGGGAACCUGGCAAAGCCUAUUCUGUUUCUGUCCCUUCCCCAUGAAAAGCCUGCUGUGGCUUCUACUUCACUUGCAAUAAAAUCUCAGCUCGAUACUGUG